AUGGCAAUGUCGACUGAGGAAAUGGAAGCGAUGAAGCGCUAUGAAAAGCUCGAGAGGGAAUUGGCGAUUGAGUUUGGUCUGGCUGGGGAUGGCACUAUCGACGAGACCGAAGUAAUGGCUGCAGCCAAGCUACGCCUUAUUCAAAUGGAGGAGGAUCUCCAACGCUUCCGCGCAAAAGUUCAAAAUCUGCAUGAGCUCCAAUGUCUCCGCUCAAAAUUCGCGGCCCUAGAUAAGGUAGAGCAAAUAGUUAUGGCUAUACUGGUGUAUUUCAACGAGACGCUCCAAAUUCCACCUGAGCGCAUGCAGCUGCUUCUCGACCCCUCAGACGGCAACACAACUACUACGGACGGUCUCGAAUUUCAAGACCCCGCGCGGAAAAAUACCAUCGACACUUUAGCAAAACUAGCUGCCAGCCCUUACGUGACAAAGAAUGAAGGGAUAAUUCUGUAUUAUUCCGGUCACGGAGCUGCCUAUACUGUCAGCGCCAACACUUACAACAUCAAUGCCGUCGAAGUCUCUGUCUCACAUCUGGACUCUGUCGAAGCCAUUUGUCCUCUCGACCGGAGCGCUGGCGGCGACACAUCUCUACCCAUCGUCCCUGACAUCAGCAGUCGGGAGUUGCAUAUCCUCCUCAGGAAAAUCUCGCUUGACAAGGGCUCAGAUAAUAACCAGGCAGAGGCUGGCUCGCAAACAAGUGCUUCUGUACGCUAUACCCCUCCCCUCAUCGCAUCACCAGAGCUCCUCAGCAAAAUGCUGACAGCUGCAGAUGCCUUGAUGAAGGCCUAUCCUGACCCUGAUAAGCACGAGAAGUACUCUGUGUGGACAGAGAAAUGGACUGCCGAUACGGCAUCACACGUCUUGUUGGCCGCCUGCAGGUCAUUUCAACUGGCAACAGCGAUCCGUCUUGAUUCUGGCGACUAUUGUGGCCUAUUUACGGACGCUUUGCUCCGCGCCCUCAAGUCGAACGAGGUUACGGCGGAUUGUACAUUCUCUGACCUUCUCAGGGCUAUGCCCUCGUGGACCGACCGGACACCAGUUGUUAGGGGGGACCGCAAGCAUGAACCCCUUUGGUACCGUCGUUCCCUGCCAGUGCCGCCACGGCCUAUCGAAGAGCAAGAACAUAAGACGGGGGGACCAGAGGACCCGAAGAAGGGGGAAGAGCCCAAAACAGGUAGUACCCUUUCUUGA